CGCAUGCGCGUCUCUCCUAGCCAACGCCUUUUUUUCUCCCGCUGGGCUAGGGUGGGGCCUAGUUUCUCUCCUCUCGCCCUGCCCCUUGCGUUGCCAUGGGGACCCAGCGGUACAGCUGUCCUUCGGCUGUUCAGCGGGCCUGGUCGCCUCCUACGGACUGAAGUUGUGGCUGCGACUGUGGGAGAUUAUGGAGCCUUCAAGAACCAGCAUCCAAACCACCGGGAAGCGGCCGAGCCUGGGCCGCUGCAAGCAUUUCUUUUGGCUGGGCGUCGUCUUCGACACGGUGGGCGUGGCGGUGCUGUUCACUGGCGUCUUUGCAGACCUGCUCUUCUAUGACAUGCUGCUGUACCUGGGUUCCAUCAUCAUCUUCUUCAGCCUGCUGUGGUGGAUCUCCUGGUACACCGGCAACAUAGAGCUGCUUCCCGAAGAGGCGUCCAAGAGGAGCAUCCAUAUGCCUGCCGGCCCCACGGUCGAAUCUCUGAGUCGGAGCGUGAGCCACCGCUUCUCCUGGACCUUCGGGAACCUCUCCAACACCCUGCUCCAGCAUCGGCGCCUAAGGUCUCUGAAGAGGAGGGGUAACUUGAACGUGACCGGGGCGGAUCUGGAAGACGAGAGAAAGGACAAAGACGAAAAGGAAGGCGUCAAGGACGUUGGCGAUCCUCAAGAUAUCUGCAAAGAGAAUCUGGGCCCAAAGUUUGAAAAUGGCAACAGUCCAGAGGCAGUCAGCUCCCCAGGCCCUGAAGCUGGCGGUGGGGUGAGUCUUCUGGUGCAGUCUUCGCUCCCUCCAUCCCCUCUGGACUGGCCCCUGCCUUCUGCUGACCUGGCCUCAAAGAGUCCCUCUGUGGCCCUCUCGGUCUCUGUUCAGCCUCCUCUCACUACUUCUAAGAGCGAGCUUGAUGAAGCUGUGGCCUCUAAGAGCCAGCCUCCAGUUACCCUUUCUUUGACGACCCAUCCUCGAGCACCCAUCACCUUUCAGAACCACCCAGUGGUGCCUAUGGCUCCUCAGAGUCCCUUCCAGGUUCAUGCGGCCUCUGAGAGCCAGCUACAGAGUCUUCCUUGGGCUUUUCAAACACAGCCUCCAACUGUUGAGGCAUCUGGAAGCCAGUCUAUGGGCACCCAGGUCCCAGUGAUGCCUUUUCAGGCUGUGGAGCCACAGAUCUCACAGGCUGGCCAGGACUUUCAGCUCCUGCUUCCCACUCAGCAGGCCUCCCACAACACCUGUUUAGUCCAGGAUAUUUCUCGAAGUCAGUCUUCAAGCAACCUGGAGGUUCCUCCUAAGGUGCUGGUUGCUCAGGCUUUUGAGGUUCUGCCACUACCCAGCCAGAAACUAUCUCGGGAGAUACCUGAGGCUGCAGCUUCCGCGCCCGAGACCCAGCAGUCCAUUUCCUCUGAUGGCACCCCAGGCUCUGGGAUGGUGAAGAAGAGUCACCCUCUCUAGUAGGGAUCAGACCCCAGCAAUUUGCUGGCUGCCCAAGUCUCUGCCAAAACCCACCAGUAUUUCUACAGAUUUAACUGCCAACUUUAUAAAAUCACAAAUAUUUAGUCGUGUUUUGGAAACUUCUUUCUGGAGUCCUGAUCGAACUCAAACCAACAGACUCUCUAGAUUGCCUAUGCCAAAUAUAACUGUUACAAUAUUGGACAGUUUUUAAGCUUCUGAUAAUAUUUAUUGCCAGAAUUUUAAGCCAUAAUAAACUGUACUAUUUCAAAUGAAUUUUGUUUUAAAAUAAAUUUAUUUUAAAAAUAAA